AUGACCGAUGAGAGUGUCAGGCGCGAGCUUUUCGCUCUUGGCCGCCUCUUGAGCGGCAGUGGCGCCGCCAAGGAUCUAGCGCAGGCCCGCCGCCUCCAUUCUUUCAUCCGCCAUAGCCCCCAAUUCCGGCGCAGCCGCUACCUCGCCAAUCUUUUGCUCGACACCUAUGGCAAAUGCGGGGACUUGUGUCUCGCACGCGAGGUUUUCCUUUCGAUCGACAAGCCCAACUCCUACUCCUGGAACAUCCUCAUCAGCGCCUACGGCCGCAAUGGCCGACUCCGCGACGCGGGCGACGCAUUCGCAGCGAUGCGCGGCAGCAGGGAUUGCAACUCGUGGGCGACGAUGGUGGGCGCCUGCGCGCACGCCGGGCAACCCGACGAGGCGCGGCGAGUGUUCGCGCUCAUGCCCGAGUGGGAUGUGGUAUCCGGGAACACCAUGAUCGGGGUCUAUGGUAGCUGCGGCAGCGUAGAGGACGCCAAACGGACGUUUGAUUCCAUGCGCGCCACCAAUGCCUUGUCGGGCAAUGCGCUGCUCAAGGCGUAUGCCCGGAAUGGGCAUCCCGAGGACGCGAGGACAGUCUUCGAAACCAUGGUGGAGAGAGAUCUUGGAUCUUGGAACGCGGGUAUUUCUGCGUCUGGGGACGCCAGUGAGAUCGCUUCAGCUGUAGAGACCUUUGAUCGGAUGCCCGAAUGGAGCGUCACGUCCUGGAACGCGAUCCUUACAGCAUUUGCCCGAACACGGCAUCUGGAGAGCGUCAAGCGGAACUUCGAUCGCAUGCCUCAGCGAGAUGUUGUUUCGUGGACGGUGCUCACACAAGCGCUAGCGCAAGAGGAGGAUUUUCUCAAAGCGGUGGUUGCAUUGGACAAGAUGCCGCAGAGGGAUUUAAUCGCGUUUACCAUCCUCCUUACAGCAUAUGCCCAGACAGGGCAUAUUGACAAAGCGAGGGCGUUGUUUGAUACGCUCGAGUUCAAAGACUCGGCGCUAUUGACGACGAUGAUCCAGGCCCAUGCUCACAAUGGAAAUCUUCGUGGAGCUAGAGAGCUUCUUGAUAGAAUCGAAGACCCCGGCAUAGUGCCUGUGACAGUGAUGAUCCAGGCUUAUGCCCAGCUUGGGCAUUUGGAAGAAGCCUGGGAGCUAUUUGCAAACCUCACUGCGCGGAACGUCAUGAGCUACACGGUGAUGAUCGUCGGGUGUGGGCAGAAUCGCAAGGCCGGGGAGGCGAGGAAGAUCCUCGACAAAAUGCCGCAGUGGAGCACCAUCACCCUCAACGCGAUGCUCACGGCCUAUGCGCAAAAUGGCCGCCUUCGCGAAGCUAGCGAGAUCUUCUCGAGAAUCGCGAGUAAGAAUGUGGUGUCAUGGAGCACCAUGAUCCAGGCGCUGGCGGAGAUUGGGCAGAGCGAUCGCGCUCUGGAGCUGUAUUGGGCGAUGGAAUUGGAUGGCGUGAGGCCGAAUUCCAUCACCUUCGUUGGAAUUCUCACAGCUUGCAGCCAUGGCGGGCUUCUGGAAGAAGGGCGCCGCCAAUUCCAGUCACUGCGCGUGGAUCAGGGGCUGGAGCCAUCGCCGGAGCACUACCGAUGCGUGAUUGAUCUCUUGGGAAGAACAAAGCGGCUGGGCGAGGCCGAGGAGCUCAUCCACGCCAUGCCUUUUGACAAUCCCGACGGGCUGGCUUGGACGGCGCUACUGGCAGCGUCCAAGACCCACGGAGAUCUCUACCGGGCGGCUCGAGCAGCGCAGUUCCUCGCGGGAUCCAAUCCAGAGCAAGGAUCUUCCUACUUGCUCCUCUCGAAUACCUUGAUCGCCAAGAAUUUGGAGGAGCAUAGCUAUGUCAAUUGUGCUGGCUAA